GCCGGAAACGAGACGGCCGUUGCGCCGGGCCCACCCCUACGCUGCCGUAAGUGAGGCGGGCGGGGGCGGUGGCGGGAUGGCGGGUUACCGCCACAGGCUCGCGCUGUGCCUGCUGCUGGUGUUGGCCGGGCCCGCCGCGGCCCUGCACAACGUCACCGCCCAGCUCUUCGGCACGGAGGCCUACGGGACCCUCGCGGCCUUCGGGGACUUCAAUUCGGACAAGCAGACAGACCUGUUCGUGCUGCGCGGCGGAAAUGAGUUGAUUAUCUUUUUGGCUGACCAAAAGGAACCAUACUUUAAGCCCCGUGUUAAGUUACCAAUGAAAUCUCUUGGUGUUACCAUAACUAGUGUAGUUCCUGGAGAUUAUAGUGGUGAUUCACAAAUGGAUGUCCUCCUGACGACCAGGGCACAAAAUCAUGGCAGAGAUGAACUGUCAGUGUUUAUUUUCUGGGGGCACAACCAAACAUUAGAUCUUAACCAUAAAACUAUGUUAAAUAGGACCUUUCAAGAUGAGCCUCUAGUAAUGGACUUUAAUGGAGACUUAAUUCCUGAUGUCUUUGGUGUCACAAGUGAUUCAAGUAAGCCACAGAUAUUGCUAGGCGGGAAUUUAUCAUGGCAUCAUGCACUGGAAACUCAAAGUAAAAUGUAUAUACCACACUCGCAUGCGUUUAUAGAUUUAAAUAAUGACUUCACUGCUGAUUUGUUUCUUACUACAUCACCAGAUUCACAAAAAGUUUAUUUUGAGACAUGGGUAAAUAAGGAUGGGAACUUCUCUAAAGAGGGAGACAGUAAGGAAAUGCCUCGUGGUGUGAAAGUAGUUGGACAGUCCGUGUUUGCAGACUUUGAUGGGGAUGGACAAAGUGAACAUUUAUUGCCAGUCUGUGAAGAUACAAAAUGUCAAAAAAGUGCCAUCUACUUAAAUAAGCGAGGAUUGGAUCAGUGGAUUCCAAUCUUGCAAGACUUCAGAAAUAAAGACACACUCUGGGGCUUUGUAUCACAUCCAAAUGAGAAACCUUCAACAGAGAUUUCAUUUCCAAUUACACUUCAUAUUGGAGAUUACAAUAUGGAUGGCUACCCAGAUGCUCUUGCUAUACUAAAGAACACAUCUGGAAGCAAUCAACAAGCAUUUUUGCUAGAGAAUGUCCCAUGCAAUAACAUAAGCUGCAAGAGUGUACGUCGCAUGUUUAAAGUUUUUUGGGAGCUCUCGGAUCUGAAUCAAAUCAAGGAUGCAGUGGUAGCAACCUUCUUCGACAUAUACGAAGAUGGAAUCUUGGAUAUCAUUGUGCUAAGCAAAGGCUACUCCAAUGAGGACUUUGCUAUCCAUACAUUAAAAAAUAACUUUGAAGCAGAUGCCUAUUUUGUUAAAGUUAUUGUUCUCAGUGGCCUCUGUUCUAAUGACUGUCCUCGGAAAGUAACACCUUUUGGUGUUAAUCAGCCUGGGCCUUACAUCAUGUACACUACUGUAGAUGCAAAUGGAUACCUGAAAAAUGGGUCAGCUGGACAACUUAGCCAGUCAGCACAUUUUGCUCUCCAGUUGCCAUACAAUGUGCUAGGCUUGGGACGUAGUGCUAAUUUCCUCGAUCAUUUGUAUGUUGGCAUUCCUCGUCCUUUAGGAGAAAAGGCUAUUAGAAAGCAGGAAUGGACAGCUAUCAUACCCAACUCCCAGCUUAUAGUCAUCCCCUAUCCUCAUAAUGUUCCUCGAAGCUGGAGUGCCAAGCUGUAUCUGACCCCAAGUAACAUUGUGCUGCUGACAGCUAUAGCCUUAAUUGGUGUCUGCGUUUUCAUCCUGGCAAUAAUUGGUAUAUUACACUGGCAAGAAAAGAAAGCAGAUGACAGAGAGAAGCGACAGGAGGCUCAUCGGUUCCAUUUUGAUGCUAUGUGACAUGCCUUAAUAUUUAUGAAGGAGCUGCUACUCAUUUGCUUAAUUGAAAUAUUAAAUUCUGAUUUGUAAAAUGAUUACCGUGAAAAUACCACUGGUGUGCUAUUUGUAAAUGUUGCAUUAUUUGAUAUUUAUUUGGAAAGAUUGAAAUUAUACCUGAAUGUCUCACAAGGCCUUUCAGUUAACAGACUGUAUAAUAGCAUUUGGUCUUUAUUUAACAGAAACGUAAAUUUAUUUUUCUUAGUAAAGGGAUCAAGUUGCAUGUUCCAUUGUUUACAUACCACCAGUUCUUUAGUAAUAUUUGAUAUAAAGCUGUGUAAAUAAAGUUUAGCAUUUCAGCGAGCAGAAUACUUUGUACCACUUCGGUCUUGUCAUUUAUACAUUCCUGCAAAAUAACCUGCAUUUCUGAAAAUUCAGCUUGAGCAAUUUCUCAGAUGACUUGGUCAUUAAUUAUGAUGAUUGUACUAAAUGGUGCUCAACCUAGAGUGUUCCGUAGUUUUCUUUUUUUAAACCCACAUGUGCAAUAGUGAAAGAAUUUAGGAAUUGGAGAACUAAAAGAAACCUGUAAUGUUAAUGCUAGUUCCAUAGAUCAUCAUGGGAUAGAUGCAGUAUUUACGUGUGUUAGUUUUAGAGAGAAGACAACCCAUUAAAAAAAUCUAAACCAUGAAAAUGGAUCAGCAUUACAUAAACUGCUUUUAUAAUUAAACUAUAACCACAUUUAUUUUGAAAAGGCCUAAAGUCAUUAUGAAAGUAACUUUUUUUUUUUUUUUUUUUAAUAAGAAAGGUAUUGGAUGUUUUUGUUUAGUUUUGUUUUUAAAGAAGCUAAAGGAAACAUUCUGGAGUGGAAGGAGAAUGAGGAUUGAUUCCCUAAAAUGUAUUGCUAAGGAAUGAGGUAUACAAAGACUAAAUUAAGAAUAUAAUAGGACAGUCAGAAUAAACAAUGUAUGCUGUCUGUGUACCCCUACUAUGCCCAGAUUUCGUAAGACUGUAAUAAUUACAUAAGACAAGUAGCUCAAUUUUAUGUAUUGAAAAUGGUGAUAAUGCCACAAUUGCUCAGUGUACUUUGGGUCCUUGAAGAGUCUCUACAAAAAUCAUGCUUUUAUUUAGAAUGUAUUCCAUAGUGAUAUGAGCUUACAUGAUUAAUUGUGCAUUUAAAUCUGUCAAUCUGCAUUCCCAGUAAAUACUGUUUGAUAAACUAGAACACAACAAACUCCAAAGCGUUGGUCUUACAGGCAAUCACCUCUGCAGUAACUAUCUCCUCCGGUCUGGUGCUUGGCCAGUAACCUGCUGUCCUGUAGCACUCGCUACCUUGCCUCAUCAGUACCAGAAGAGAAAAGAGAGCAGGUACAAAGCUGAACUGACUAUGUCCACCCUGCAUCACAGUGAAGCAGCUGGUUACCAUGGCAGUGCUGAACAGUGACCCAUUCAUACAGCAGCACCAAGCCAAAAAUCAAAAAAGUACUGCUAAGCAGUCUACUGAGCUAUGAAGUUUUACUAGAUAUUUCUCAUAUGAACCGAUCAGAUGCCAACAAAGGAGACUUUCAUAUUACAUUACUGUUAUUAUUCAGGAUAACAUAUUUCUGUAAUGCACACCUUUAAUAUUUCUCUUAAGAGUAGCAUGAAAAGGUAAGAUUUUUUAGAUAAAUACUUCAGGCUAUUGGACUUCUUCAACAUGAUGACUAGAAUUUGCGCCCGAUGGCGAAAGUAAUAACAGAUUUCAUAAUUAAGAGGAAGCACAAUUCAAUAUAUUUUCCUAUCUUUUUCAGAUGGUUGAAAAAUUAAGGCUAAAUGUAUAGUGCCACAGUGGCAGCAAUCCUCUAUCACAAUAUAAUAAACAUAGAUUAGCCUCCUUACAGUUUUUGGAAAAACAAUUAGGAAUGAAAUAACCUCAUGCUGACAUUUAAGCUGUUGUCAAGUUAACAAAACAAUGGACUCGGUAGCUUUUGCUUUAGGUAUUUUGCAUGCCUAGUAGUGCAUCAUUGUAUCUCUUUAUAUACAAUACGUUAUUGGCGCUUUAUUAGCUUUCUUAUAAUAAAGUUUACCACAGGUUCUAACUACUCAUAGCUUGGCUCACAACAGUAUAUGCAUACAUUUGAAUUAAGACAUUAAAUAUUGUUAAACCUCUUGUCAAA